AUGUCGCUCAAUUUCCUGGUCAUAGGCGCCGGAUCCCGUGGUACAGCCUACUCUCGAGCUGUCGCCGUCACCAGCAACAGCUCCACUAACAGUGAAUCUUGCACAUCUGUGCUACCAGCGAGGAUCGCUGCCGUUGCAGAACCGGAUCCCUUCAAGCGGGCCGAUUUCGGUAGGAAAUUCAUCUGGGGAAAGGACUCUUCAGCGAGUGAUGGUGAGGAUGAAGGCAAGGGAAAGAGUAGGCGUGGUCAGGAGUUUGUGGAUUGGAAGGAGUGGAUUGCGUGGGAGGAUGCAAGACGGCUUCAGGUUGCGGAGAAAGAGAAGCAGGGUGGAAUUGCUGGCACUGGCGACAACGACGAAUCAGACCCAAAAGUAGUGAUCACAGGCGUCUUCGUCUGCACAAUGGACGAGUCCCAUGCAGAGAUCCUACACGCCCUUGAGCAUCUAAACUUACACAUUCUAUGCGAGAAACCGCUUGCGCUAAGCUUGGCGGACUGUCUGAGUAUAGGGGCUGCAUAUUCCUCCAUCGACACCUCCCCGGACCUCUUCCCCCAGCGCCAUGACACCCACCCCAUUUCCCAACCAAAAUCUUCAAAUCAACGCAAAAUCUUCUCCAUCGGCCACGUCCUCCGCUACAGCCCGCACAACACCCUCCUUCGCAGUCUACUCCUCCAAGACAGAGCGAUCGGCGAUGUGAUCUCGCUCGAACACACCGAGCCAGUCGGCUGGUGGCACUUCGCCCACUCCUACGUGCGCGGGAACUGGCGGCACACCACGCCCGGAGGUGUAGGGACUUUACUCACCAAAUCUUGCCAUGACAUCGACUUCAUCCUGUGGCUUCUCUGCUCGCCAGCUGAUGUCACAGAUGAGCGCGCUACGCCGCAUUUGCCGGCUACGGUUAGUAGUUCGGGCGCGUUGUCGUAUUUCCGGAGGGCGAGGAAGCCGAUUACUGCUGGAAAGGCGACGAACUGUUUGACUUGUCCGCUAGGAGAAGAUGGGUGUUCGUUUUCGGCUAAGAAGAUCUAUCGCGAUAAAUGGCUGAGAAAGGAGAAGGAUGCAGGCUGGCCGCUUAAGAUUGUUGUUCCCGAAAUCGAGGAUCUCGUCUCCUCUGCUUCCUCGACCGAGGAAGGAUGGGAAAAAGCGGAAGCUGUGCUGAUGCAGAAACUGGGCGAAGACUAUGACGCUACCGACCCGACGGGGAUGGAAGUCAAGCGCGUGAAGGAUAGAAGCUGGUACGGCCGUUGUGUCUAUGAAAGCGAUAAUGAUGUUGUCGACGAUCAAACUGUCACGAUGACGUGGAAUGAAGAACCUGAUCCCUUAGGCGCUAAUCAUCCAGAUGGACGAGACUAUGAGACCCGGGGGCCGAAGACAGCGAUCUUCCACCUCACUUACGCAACACAGGCUCAAUGCGAUCGAAGAGGGAGGAUCUAUGGUUCGAAGGGCGAAAUAGAAUAUGACUCGAAGAAAAUUAGCGUCUACACCUUUGCGGAUGAAAAAGUAGUACAACACAUUCCUCCCAAACCGAGUUCGAUCGAAAGCAAGAGCCAUGGUGGUGGAGAUGUCGGGUUGGCCAAGAGCUUCGUUGAUGCCGUCCGAGCCUGCGAAAGUGGUGACAUGACGGCAGACGAGGCGCAAAAGAAAUUUGUAGGGGGAGACCUCGAGGAGCUUGUUCGAAGCCACGCCGUUGUUUUUGCCGCCGAGGAGGCGAGGCGGGAGGGGAAGGUGCUGGAUUUUCAGAGGUGGUGGCAGGACCAACAGUCUCUCAUGGCGUUGGAGAGGCAGUCUCAGAGGUCGAUGGCACGUGCGCAGGAGCAGCAGGCGUUGAUCAGGUUGCGGGAUGAGAUGGAGCCUGGGGCGAUAGAGAGGAAGAGGAGAAGGGAUGAAGAGGGGGAUGGAGAGAGGAUGGAAGGUCUGGAUGCCGAAAGAUUUGGAAAUAUGGAAGUGCACAGUAAUGGGGAUGUUUCCUUUUCUUGA